AUGGCAGAAGAAGAAUCUGGCCGACUUCCGGCAAGAGAAGAAAAGGAGGGUUUUCGACCUUCUUUGAGCCCAACAGGAGACGUUUUUGAUGACUCCAACAAAAACAUAGCUGCAGCGAUUGUUGACGGCCUCAAUGAUGAUAAAACAGAGGAAACACCGGCUGAGCCUGAGUCUCAAAACGAAGCUGCAGAAGAAUCCGACGAAAAGAAACCUAAAGAAGAACCUGCAGAAGCCCAAAUAGAAGAAACAGCAGAAGAAGCUAAAGAUGAUGCUUCGGAGGAUUCAUCUGCAACAGACGCUACUGUAGAAAUAAAAGUCGCGCAGACGAGUCAGCCCAUUCCGGAUGUCGUUCCUCAGGGCUUGGGAGAGCGGGAAGUGUCCCACGUCGACAUCGACGACAAAGAAAAAUUGACGAAAACGACAGAUUUGGAGAAUGAAAUCGAAGAAGCAACAACACCAGCUAAAUUUGACGGCGUUGCUGAACCUGCCAGACGAAAUUCCGAAGCAAAAUCUUCCUGGGCGCGGAAAAGGCAUAAAUUCCGAAGCAUGUGGAAACUGUAUUCUGGUGCUUUUAUCGCUGUUGUCAUGCCUAUCGCUGUGUUUUCCAUUGAUAUCGCUAUCACAAUGAAUGUCCUGGACCAAGAGGGGUACAGAAAGGCAAUUCAGCCUUACUGGGACACGGACAACAGGGGAAACAAACCGAUUCCAGAGUUUAACAAAUUGACUAAUGGAGCGACCUAUGAAAUUCAAGAAUCGUUACUAUUCGAGGUACUGCAACUAUCAGAACAGCACAAGCACCGAGAAGUCGACGAUGAAAUUCGCAAAAACUAUCCGGAAUUCAUGAAAUUUGUCAACAAAAAAGCAGAUCCAAAAAAGAAGCCGCCUCCAACACCAGAGAGUAGGAAACGAAGACAAGCUGACGACGAAGAAAAUGAAAUCAAGGAGGAAGAUGUGGAGGAAAAAGUUGAAGAGACAGGUGAAGAAGUCGACGAAAAAGAAGCUGAAAAUGAUACUACAGAGAAAGAAGACCCCGAGAAAGAAGCAGAAGAUAAAGCUGAUGAGGAUGAGUCUAAUGAAAAAACAAAGCCAAAGAAGCCUGAAAAAACUGAGGAAGAAAAAGCAGCUGAAGCAGCAGCUGAGAAAAAGCGAAAAGAAGAGGAGGAGAAAAAGCGGAUUGAGGAAAAUCGCAAGCUGGAAGAAGAGCGAAAGAAUUAUCUCCAGCUGCGACGCAAUCUCACUGUAAACAACAUUAUCGAGUAUAAGUGGGGCAACGAAACGACGUACAACGGCAAGCAACUCCACUGUGAUACGCUCAGUAUGUUCUACCAUCAACACGAACUUACUGCGAAAUCCCAAAACAAAGGCUGGUUCGAGUACGUUUACGGCAACAACCACAAGCUCCAGCAAGUUCUCUUCAUUCUCUUCACAAUUUUCGGCUUCAUUCUUUGUAUUUUGUCCAUUGCUCUUCGUUCCGACAUGUGGUUUAAAAACGAGUGGUCGAGUUUUAUUCUCGCCACGUUUUUGCCGUACAUCGUGUCGACUUGCUUGGUAGCGAUUAUUUACAUGCGCGAAAGUGGCAAAAGUGGAUUACGUUGUUUCAUUUGCCGCCUGGCGUUUGACGAUCCAGAGCGUGGCUGCAUCGACAUAGAUCCAACUAGUUUCAGCGGUCAAUUCCCGACGCCGGAUACAAAGUGGCUAGGAAUGGUGGUUGCUUGUUACGUUCUCAAGCUUUUUGACUGCGUCGCUAUUGGAAUUACGACGCUUACUUUUGUUUGUUCGAAAAAAGACGCCUGGUGGAAGUGGCUGAUGAAGUUCAUCGGCUGGGUCGUUGUUUUCCCUUGGAUGAUUGCUACUCCUCUUCUUGGGGUUCUUAGAUAUCAGGUCAUCAGCGAAGUUGUCAGCAUCGAUUCAAUAGGAAUGUACGAAAAUCUGCUAACGGGCCUGUUCUUCACCGGCGUCGGUCUUUGGGGAAUCCUCAUCAUCGCCGGACCCAUCUUCUGUAAAUAUAAAAUGUGUGAUAUAGAUGAAAACCUCCUCGAAAAAGACGAUUUCUAA